AUGGCGGCUGAAGAGAUAAAUAUCAGGAAUAAGCAGAAGAGACAACAACUCUUUGCAGAGUUGAAAGAUCAAAAGAAUAAAGAACGUCAUACUAUGAGAAGGCAAAGAGCUAAAGAAGAAAGAGAAAACCCGGAAUUGAAAGAAAAAAGAUUAAAGGAAAAUGUCACCAAAACAAUUGAUAAUAUGAGAGUAUUUGAUGAAACUAUAAAUCAGCCAAUAGAAGGUGAUGAGGAUGAUUUACUUCAAUUCUUUAACAAUAAUAACAGUGAACCUCCUAAGAUAUUUUUAACGACAAAUGUUAAUGCAAGGAAAUGUGCUUAUGAAUUUGCAAACGUUCUUAUUGAAGUCUUACCAAAUGUUACCUUUGUGAAAAGAAAAUAUGGUUAUAAAAUGAAGGAAAUCGUGGACAUUUGUAAUAAGAGAAAUUUUACUGAUAUGGUAAUAAUUAAUGAAGAUAAGAAAAAAGUUACUGGUUUAACUUUUAUUCAUUUACCAGAGGGACCAUCCUUUUAUUUUAAAUUGAGCUCUUACGUCGAAGUCAAGAAAAUUGUAGGUCAUGGUAGGCCAACGAGUCAUAUUCCUGAAUUGAUCUUAAAUAAUUUCCAAACAAGAUUGGGGAAAACAGUAGGGAAAUUAUUUCAAUCCAUUUUCCCGAAUGAUCCAGAAUUUGAAGGUAGACAAGUAAUAACGUUACAUAACCAAAGAGAUUAUAUUUUCUUUAGAAGACAUCGUUAUGUGUUUAGAAAUGAAGAAAAAGUUGGUCUACAAGAAUUAGGUCCUCAAUUCACAUUGAAAUUGAAAAGAUUACAAAGAGGUAUUAAAGAAGAAACUGAAUGGGAACAUAAACCUGAAAUGGAUAAAGAAAAGAAGAAAUUUUAUCUCUGA